UUUCGAUUAGUUGUUGCUGCCGCUGGGCAAGGUAAAGCGGCGACGGCGGCCUCGGGAACCGUGGGGUCCCCGGCUGGAGGUGGGGGACUCGCCGGGGAAUCAUUUACUACUUCACAUUAGAAGAAAUAUGUGAAAGUUCCUGCCAACUUAUGAGAAUUUCUUUCUUCGGCUCUGUUGUGUUCUACUUUACAACUUUCUCAGAAGUUAUUUUUGAUGCCAUGUUCUGUGGCUCGCAUCAAAAGAGGAGUUUGUCUUCAUGAAGAUUCCUAACAUUGGUAAUGUGAUGAAUAAAUUUGAGAUCCUUGGGGUUGUAGGUGAAGGAGCCUAUGGAGUUGUACUUAAAUGCAGACACAAGGAAACACAUGAAAUUGUGGCAAUCAAGAAAUUCAAGGAUAGCGAAGAAAAUGAAGAGGUCAAGGAAACGACUUUACGAGAGCUUAAAAUGCUUCGUACUCUCAAACAGGAAAACAUUGUGGAGCUGAAAGAAGCUUUUCGUCGGAGGGGGAAAUUGUACUUGGUGUUUGAGUAUGUUGAAAAAAAUAUGCUUGAAUUGCUGGAAGAAAUGCCAAAUGGAGUUCCACCUGAAAAAGUCAAAAGUUAUAUCUAUCAGUUAAUCAAAGCUAUUCACUGGUGCCAUAAGAAUGAUAUUGUUCAUAGGGAUAUAAAGCCAGAAAAUCUCUUAAUCAGCCACAAUGAUGUUUUGAAACUGUGUGACUUCGGUUUUGCUCGGAAUCUAUCAGAAGGCAAUAAUGCUAAUUAUACAGAGUAUGUGGCCACCAGGUGGUAUCGGUCCCCAGAACUCUUACUUGGAGCUCCCUAUGGAAAGUCCGUGGAUAUGUGGUCAGUGGGCUGUAUUCUUGGGGAGCUUAGCGACGGACAGCCUUUAUUUCCUGGAGAAAGCGAAAUUGACCAACUUUUUACUAUUCAGAAGGUGCUAGGACCACUACCGUCUGAGCAGAUGAAGCUCUUCUAUAGUAAUCCUCGUUUCCAUGGGCUCCGGUUUCCAGCUGUUAACCAUCCUCAGUCAUUGGAGAGAAGAUACCUGGGGAUUUUAAACAGCGUUUUACUCGACCUAAUGAAGAAUUUAUUGAAGUUGGACCCAGCUGAAAGAUACUUGACAGAACAGUGUUUGAAUCACCCUGCAUUUCAAACCCAGAGACUUUUGGACCGCUCCCCUUCAAGGUCAGCAAAAAGAAAACCUUACCAUGUGGAAAGCAGCACUUUGUCUAACAGAAGCCAAGCCAGCAAAAGUGCCGCUUUGCAGUCUCACCACAGGUCGAACAGCAAGGACAUCCAGAACCUAAGUGUGGGUCUGCCCCGGGCUGACGAAGCUCUUCCUGCCAAUGAAAGCUUUCUAAAUGGAAACCUUGCUGGAGCUACUCUUAGUCCCAUGCACACCAAAACCUACCAAGCAAGCAGCCAGCCUGGGUCCGCGAGCAAAGAUCUUACCAACAACAAUAUACCACACCUUCUCAGCCCAAAAGAAGCCAAGUCAAAGUCAGAGUUUGAUUUCAAUAUUGACCCAAAGCCUUCGGAAGGCCCAGGCACAAAGUACCUCAAGUCGAGCACCAGAUCACAGCAGAACCGGCACUCAUUUAUGGAAAGCUCUCAGAGCAAAGCUGGGACAUUGCAGCCCAGUGAAAAGCAGAGUCGGCACAGCUACAUUGACACCAUUCCCCAGUCCUCUCGAAGUCCAUCCUACCGGACCAAGGCCAAAAGCCAUGGGGCAUUGAGUGACUCCAAAUCUGUAAGCAACCUUUCUGAAGCCAGGGCCCCGAUUACAGAGUCCAGUUCCAGUAGGUACUUCCCAUCCAGCUGCUUGGACUUGAACUCGCCCACCAGCCCAACCCCCACCAGGCACAGUGACACGAGAACUUUGCUUAGCCCCUCGGGGAGAAAUAACCGAAGUGAGGGUACUCUCGACUCACGCCGAACCACAGCCAGGCAUUCAAAAACCAUGGAUGAGUUGAAGCUCCCAGAGCAUGUGGACAGCAGCCAUUCUCAUUCUCUGUCUGCGCCUCAUGAAUCAUUUUCUUAUGGGCUGGGCUACACUAGCCCCUUCUCCUCCCAGCAGCGUCCACAUAGGCAUUCCAUGUAUGUGACCCGGGACAAAGUGAGAGCCAAAGGCUUGGAUGGAAGCUUGAGCGUAGGACAAGGGAUGGCAGCCAGAGCCAACAGCCUGCAGCUCUUAUCACCUCAGCCCGGGGAACAGCACCCUCCAGAGAUGACUGUGGCAAGAUCUUCUGUUAAAGAACCCUCUAGAGAAGGCAACCCUUCGUUCCAUGCACGGCAGAAAUCUGAGGGUGGAGCAUAUCAUGAUCCCCAUUCUGAUGAUGGCACUGCCCCCAAAGAAAAUAGACAUCUAUACAAUGAUCCCGUUCCGAGGAGAGUUGGCAGCUUCUACCGAGUGCCAUCUCCACGUCCAGAUAAUUCUUUCCAUGAAAAUAAUGUGUCAACUAGAGUUUCUUCCCUACCAUCGGAAAGCAGUUCUGGAACUAACCACUCGAAAAGACAACCAGCAUUCGAACCGUGGAAAAGUCCUGAAAACAUGAGUCAUUCGGAACAACUCAAGGAAAAAGAGAAACAAGGCUUUUUCAGGUCAAUGAAAAAGAAAAAGAAGAAAUCUCAAACAGUGCCCAAUUCUGAAGGCCCUGAUCUUCUGACGUUGCAGAAAGCCAUUCACUCUGCUAGCACUCCAAGCAGCAGACCAAAGGAGUGGCGUCCUGAGAAGAUAUCUGAUCUACAGACCCCAAGCCAGCCGUUAAAAUCACUACGCAAGCUGUUGCACCUCUCUUCAGCUUCCAAUCACCCGGCUGCCGCGGAUCCCCGCUUCCAGCCCUUAACAACUCAACAAGUCAAAAAUGCCUUCUCAGAAAUUCGAAUUCACUCCCUGAGCCAGGCCUCUGGUGGGACCAGUAACAUCCGACAGGAGCCCACGCCAAAGGGCAGGCCAGCCCUUCAGCUGCCAGAUUUGGCCAUCCUGUAUGAUGACAUCAGGGUCCUUAAUUGUCCUCGGGCAGCAUAUAAAGGCAAUUAUACAGAAAAAAACAAUGGUGACAGGCUCUUCUUUCCCUCCUAAAUCAGAGUCUGCAGGAAGCUUUGAAUCACAGGGACCACAGACACUGACCAUCAUUCUUGAAGUUCCAAUAAGGAUGUGAGGCACUGAUGGGCAAGUGACUUCUGGAAGGUUAUGAUUAGUCCUGCUUCCCUGAAUCAUGUCUUUCAUGGAAAAACCAAUUAACACCAAUGAAUCAACCAUUUAACCCUAAAGUUGUGUUUUUUUUUCUUCUUUGGAAUAUCUGUGUUGUUAUAAAAACAAAAUAAAACAAUCAAACAAAACCAGUGGGGAGAGAACAGGUAAGCUAAAAAUUUUCUGAUUUCAGAAGUUCCAGUUCAUGGCAACUGUGUAGGAGAGAUAGUUUGGGGGACCAGGGUCUUCUUUACAUUCCUCUAACAGAAGGCCCUCUUCAGCUUCACAGUUGAUUGGGUCAAUUAAUCUAAUGCACAUAAAUAAUCUCUUUUCCAUUUUUUCUAAGAAAGAAUUUCCUAGGGAUGGAAUUCCAUUAGGCCUCCUAUCUCUAGUGAAGAGAACAUUUGUUUUCACUAAAUGGUGAACUCCUUCAGGGUGGAGACAAUGCCUUCAUUUUUGUCUCUCAAUCAGAGUCUGGCACAUAAUAGGCAAGUGAUAAAAGAGGGUGGAAUUCUAAAUGGAUUAUUAGGAGAGUGUUUCAUUAUUUACUGGGCAGAUCUACCAACAUAAAUGGCUGCAGGAGCUCCCGUCCAGUGGGAAAAGCCCAUGGAACUAAACAGCACUUACUGCUCUCCUCACUAUGGGGACCCCACUGUGCCCUUCCAUGAGAUUUAGUUCAGAAUGACUUCCUACUCCGUCAGUAAAUAGGAAAGACGGAGGCAAUAAAAGCCAUUGUAGACUCCCUCCUUCUCUCCCCGACAAUUAGCUAUUUUAAUGCAAAUUUAAUGAAAUAAUGAAGAGAAGCUCACAGGCACACACACAAACCUGUCUCUCCCAGAGCUAUUAUUAAGCGAUUAUGUAAAGUGAAUGACUUUACUUGGCACUAUGUAACCCUGGAGAGGGGUGGCAAGGACAGUUUCUUGCCAAAGAGGCUCUGAGCCUGGAAACGACUGAGCAUUGGAAAUAUUUGCAGGCCGCCCCAGCCUCUGAAAGUCAGAGUGUGAGUUCUUAGGAGGCAGGAGGAAAAGGAGCUCCAGUUUGCUAGAGCAGCACAACAUGCUUUUAAAAGCCUCAUCCAAUUUAUUCCUCAUAACAACUCCUUAGACCAAGGGUCAGCACACUGUGGCCCAUGGGCCAAAUAUGGCUCACUGCCUAUUUUUGUAAAUAAAGUUUUAUUGCCAC